CUCGUUGCCGGUUAGGUGGGAUACACUGAUGAAUUUUUUCGAGUCAUCGUCGGAAGGCGGGCCGUUUUGGGGCUGUGCGCCGACUCGAAUCCAGUGACCGCGGCACCGACCUGCCUACAACACUCAUCAUAUAUUCUGCGAUGUCUGCAUUACAUCCCUGGAAACUAUCGACACUUCUACCGCUGCGGCAUGGCUACUGUUUUGCAUCGUUUUCGUGGAUGCUUGGCGCUCACCGGGCCUGUGGUCGAUGAGCUUGCUCAUUCAGCAAUUGCAUAUUGUACAUCGACGCCAGCAUCCACCACCUUCGACGGCGGACCUUCGUUUCAUAUCACCGUAUUGACAAAGGAGGAGCUGAGGCGUCAAGAUGAGCGGUCGGAACAUUCAAAAGAGAAUAUUCAGGCAGACGCGUCUCGCAUUUAUUCAGCAGGCAUUGGUGGCAACAAAGGUGUCUAUUUUGUUGUCAUAAUAUGGGCCGCUGGACAGCAGCUUCGAAAGCGCCUUGGCCUGCCUCCCAAGGAUUUUCACAUUACACUUACACGAACUGAUAAUCAUGAAAUGGACAAGAGCAUCCAUUCUCUCCUGCAUGGACAGCCACCUCAAUCUCCCUCUUCCGACUUUCUGGACCAUCUCACAUAUACGCUCCAUAUCACUGCGGACCAUCAAACGGAACGGCAGUAUUGUAUACAGCUAAUCCAUACCAUGCCAGAUUCCCAUCGCGGAUUCCUUCGACUGGGAGACGUCUCCUUAUCCCUCAGUCUGCAUAAAUUGGCCAUGCUUUCAUAUUGCCGCGCAUUUCCUCUAGCAACGAGCCAGAAUGUGAAAGACUAUUGUGUCAAAAAGUCAAUCGAGUGCUCACACUACACAGAGUGGGGAUGCUUGUUUAUGGAUUCGGAGAGGGAACAGUUACCAGCUGAAAUAACGGCUUUGCUGCUGAGACCGUGGUCUGGUGAACUGCGUGAACUCUUGAGCGAGGCAAACAUCACACCGACCCUGCCUGUCGCCUCGCGCCAGCCCAUGUAUGUAUCCAGCGGCCAAAGGCUCCCUCGGUUCUUCCGUUGGCUCAUUCCUUUCUAUUUCGCAAUCAUGUCUACCCCGCGCACCGAACAGGACAUCACCUUACUGGCCUCUAUUGGUAUCAAGCACGUCCUGACACUUACCGAAGAGGAACCCCUUCCUCAGUCAUGGUUUGCCGGAACUGCCAUCUCUAACACCUUCCUCCCCGUUUCCAAUUACUGCCCGCCUUCCAUUGAGCAAAUGGAUAUCAUUAUGAGACUUUUCGAUGACCCCGAGAAGGUUCUGCUACUUGUUCACUGUGGCGGCGGUAAAGGACGCGCGGGUACGGUCGCAGCAUGUUACCUUGUAGCAUAUGGCUUCGGCAAACCGCAUCCCAACCAAGAUCAUCCCGAGAUCACAGCCCAUGACGCCAUCGCUACUCUGCGCUCACUACGUCCCGGAAGCAUCGAAACAUCACAGCAAGAGGCGUUUGUUUCAAAAUGGUGCAGUACAAUCUGGAAGCGCCAGGCCGUGCUCCCUGAUCUUCCGUCUGAGCCGCCACCAUCUCCAUUAGAAGUAGAAGGUGUGCUUGAUUGUGAUGCAGACCUGUUCGUGCUCGUCGGUCUCCCGGGAGCUGGAAAGUCGUGGUUCGCGCAGGCGCUGGUGAAGCGUGAUCCCAAAGUGUGGACGCGUAUAUCUCAGGAUGACUCGGGUAGCCGUGCUUCAUGCGAGGCCCUUAUUGGCCGGAAACCAUAUACCAGACGUACGCUCUUGGACCGGUGUAAUACAUCAUCUGCUGAGCGCAGGUCCUGGCUCAGUUCGGCAUCAAACUGGGUGAAGGCGCCUAUCUGUGUGUGGUUUGAUUAUGAUCGUGAGCUGUGUGUGUCCAGAGCUCAGCGACGCACGGGACAUCCUACACUUCCGCCUGGACAUCGCGUCCAAAUUGCUGUCCAUCAAAUGAAUAAACAGUUUGAACGGCCCAGCGUACGCGAGGGUUUCAAGGCUGUUGUGAUUAUCAGGUCCUUCAACGCAUGUCAGGAACUAGUUGCACGACUCUCUCCGUCGAUAGGUAUUUUCAAGUUCCCUCGUACACCUCAUCUCAUAGACCUUGGAGCUGCGACACCCGAUGAUCUCAUCACAGACACCAGCGCCAUUCCUGGACAUGUUGUUAUCACUGAAAAGGUUGAUGGCGCCAAUAUGGGAUUUUCGCUCUCUAGCGACCGAGAGCGGAUCGUCGUACAGAACAGGUCUCAUUAUGUUGAUUCAUCGACCCACGAGCAAUUCAGAAAGCUGGGACAUUGGGUUGACCUGCACCGGGAGGCAUUGAUUCGCGUGCUUGGAAGAGACGAGCAUUUCCCUGAACGAUACGUCCUGUAUGGGGAAUGGAUGUAUGCGACCCAUUCCAUUCCUUAUACCAACCUUCCUGACAGGUUCCUCGCCUUUGAUCUAUAUGAUCGAUACCUGGAGCUAUUUGUUGAUCGUCAAAGUCUGAAUGCACUUCUGUGUACGACAUCUAUCCAGGUGGUUCCUCUAAUCUACGAAGGAAAGAUGCCUUCAGAAGGGGACUUGAAGAAGCUUGUUCCGGGUCGCUCGCGCUUUUGGGAUGGAAGGGUGGAGGGCGUGUAUGUGAAGGUGGAGAGGGAUGGCAGGGUUGUUUCGAGAGGUAAGGUUGUGAGGGCAGAUUUUAUAUCUGGAAACGAGCACUGGACGAAAGGAAAUCUGAGGUUGAAUGGACUGAGUGUGGAUGCUAGAGAUGACUACUGGCAUUGAUCAUUGGAUGUUCGUCUUUUGAGUUUUUUGGUAGAGUUUUCUUUUACAACGGCCGGCUGCCAACUCGAGCAGAAGCUCGAGAAUUACUGGGCCCACGGACCCAAAUCCACAUCCAAUGGUCCAUCGGACCGGCUUUGCCGCCAGACUAUAUAACCGUGUACGUACACAUCUCCCCAUGAACCUAAG